AUGUCUGACGCACCCUCCUCCACCGUCUCCUCCGCCCUGCGCCGUCCCUCCACCAGCUCCGAAACGUCGUCCCUCUCCUCGGCCUCAACCGCCUACACCACUUACAAGGACAGAGAGGGCCAGCCGCUGCUGCUCGACGGCAGCAUCAACGGCAGCAUCAACGGCAACGUCCACGAGCGCAAGGCCAAGCGCGGCCUGCGCCAAAAGGCCCGCGACAUGGUCCACGACAUGGGCAGCCCGCCCACCGCCAGGCAGGACGCAAAGGACGGCAGGCCCACGCUCAACCACGCUCCCCUGGGCGGCAUGGUGGGCGAGCCCGUGAUGAGGCAGGGCAAGAUUUAG